GUGUGUGUGUGCUGUGUAUCGGUGACGUAUGAGUAGACUAGACUCUUUACUGUAUUCGUUGGUCAGCACUGCAGAGAUUAGCUUGCUACACAGACAGGGAUUCCUAAACCUGAAUCAUGCACAUCGUCAUUACAACUAAAUGGGAGUGGAGCAGAAAUUGUGCAAUAUAUGGAUAGAUUUAUUUGGUCCUAUAAAUAUUGCGCGUUUGUUGCUUCGAUUCAAGUUUCCACCAAGUCCCCCAUUCCAUUAUAAUGCUUCACGAGGACUCGGCUCUUUGGAACCAUCGUGAUGUGCUGAUUUCCUCACGUGUGUUUUCUGUUAAAGUGGUGAGGCUGGGAUAAAACAGGUAUAUUUGCGAACAAGAGGCAUUUGCGCGGGUACAUUUGUUUCGUUUUUUUUUAACUUGCUGUGAUUUCUGAAGUCGAGGAGGAAGGUGUAACGUUAGAUAGUUGUAGUUGUGAUCCAGCCAAACCAAGCUGAAACAUGGGGAACGCAGGGAGUAUGGACCAACAAACUGAUUUCAGGGGACAUAACAUGCCUCUGAAGCUGCCUAUGCCGGAGCCAGGUGAAUUGGAGGAGAGAUUCGCAGUCGUUUUGAACUCUAUGAACCUUCCUCCAGACAAAGCGCGACUAUUGCGGCAGUACGACAACGAGAAGAAGUGGGAACUUAUCUGUGAUCAGGAACGAUUCCAAGUGAAGAACCCCCCCCACACAUACAUCCAGAAGCUGAGGGGCUUUCUGGACCCGGCCGCCACCAGGAAGAAAUUCAGACGGAGGGUGCAGGAGUCCACGCAGGUCCUGAGAGAACUGGAAAUUUCAUUAAGGACCAAUCACAUAGGGUGGGUGAGAGAGUUCUUAAACGAAGAAAACAAAGGCCUGGACGUACUGGUGGAGUAUCUGUCUUUUGCGCAGUACGCUGUCACGUUUGAUGGCGACAGCGUGGAGGACAACCCGGAGAAGUUGGUGGACAAGCCCUGGAGCAGAUCCAUAGAGGACCUCCAUGGGGGGAGUAACCUCCCGUCCCCCGUCAGCGGGAACAGCAUCUCCCGCUCCGGGCGACACUCCACGCUACGUUGCAACGCGUUGCCGAGCCGGAGAACUCUGAAGAACUCCCGGCUGGUCUGUAAGAAGGACGACGUUCACGUCUGCAUCAUGUGCCUGCGAGCCAUCAUGAACUACCAGUAUGGCUUCAACAUGGUGAUGUCCCACCCGCACGCUGUGAAUGAAAUUGCACUAAGUCUGAACAAUAAGAAUCCCAGAACCAAAGCUCUGGUGUUGGAGCUGCUGGCCGCCGUGUGUCUCGUGAGGGGAGGACACGAAAUCAUUCUCUCUGCGUUCGACAACUUCAAGGAGGUGUGUGCUGAGACACAGCGGUUCGAGAGGCUGAUGGAACACUUCAAGGACAUGGACAACAACAUUGACUUUAUGGUGGCGUGUAUGCAGUUCAUCAACAUCGUGGUCCACUCGGUAGAGGACAUGAACUUCCGGGUACAUCUGCAGUACGACUUCACCAAGCUCUGUCUGGACACCUACCUGGAUAAGCUGAAGCACACGGAGAGUGACAAGCUGUCAGUGCAGAUCCAGGCCUACCUGGACAACGUGUUUGACGUGGGCGCCCUGCUGGAGGACGCCGAGACCAAGAACGCUGCGCUGGAGCGCGUGGAGGAGCUAGAGGAGAACAUGUCACAUAUGACGGAGAAGCUGCAGGACACGGAGAACGAGGCCAUGUCCAAGAUCGUGGAGCUGGAGAAACAGCUGAUGACGCGCAACAAGGAGCUCGACUCGAUCCGGGAGGUGUACAAGGACGCCAACUCGCAGGUGCACACGCUGCGGCGGAUGGUGAAGGAGAAGGACGAGGCCAUCCAGAGGCAGUGUAACCUGGAGAAGAAGAUCCACGAGCUGGAGAAGCAAGGCACCAUGACGAUCCAGAAGAAGGGCGUCGGGGACCUCUCCAACCUGCCCUCGCCGCCCGCCCCCGGGGGCCCACUGGUGGCAGGAUUUGAGGGUGUACCAGGGGGCUAUAAAGGGGGUGCGGUCAGCCCGAUGGGGUCGAAUGGGGUCCCGGGGAUGCCCGUGCCGCCCCCUCCUCCUCCCCCACCGCUUGUGCCUGGGAUCGUGCCAAAUGGGCCUUUGGCUGGUCCUGCCGCUCCUCCCCCUCCCCCGCCGCCCCCUCCUCCCCCGCCUCCCCCCGGCCCCAUGGAGGUGUCUGCGCCCCUGCCCCCGCCUCCACCCCCCAUGGCCCCCCCGCUUCCGGGCUGUGGAUCCCCCACCGUCAUCUUCAAUUCAGGGUUAGCAGCCGUGAAGAUUAAGAAGCCCAUCAAGACCAAGUUCCGUUUGCCGGUGUUCAACUGGGUGGCGCUGAAGCCCAACCAAAUCAACGGCACCGUGUUCAACGAGAUCGACGACGAGAGGAUACUGGAGGACCUGAACGUGGAUGAGUUUGAGGAGAUGUUCAAGACGAAAGCCCAGGGCCCGGCCAUCGACUUGAUCAUGAGCAAGACCAAGGUCAUCCAGAAGGGGCCCAACAAGGUGGCACUGCUGGACGCCAACCGGGCCAAGAACAUGGCCAUCACCCUGAGGAAAGUGGGCAAGGCCCCUGAGGAGAUCUGCAAGGCCAUCCAGCUGUUUGACCUGCGCACCCUGUCGGUGGACUACGUGGAGUGUCUGAUGCGCUUCCUGCCCACGGAGAGCGAGGUGAAGGUCAUGCGUCAGUACGAGAAGGAGCGGAAGCCCGUGGAGGCGCUGGCGGACGAGGACCGCUUCAUGAUGCACUUCAGCAAGAUCGAGCGGCUCACGCAGAAGAUGACCAUCAUGGCCUUCAUUGGCAACUUCUGCGAGAGCGUGCAGAUGCUGACGCCGCAACUCCACGCGGUCAUCGCAGCAUCUGUGUCAAUAAAAUCCUCACAGAAACUCAAGAAAAUUCUCGAGAUCAUCUUGGCUCUCGGAAACUACAUGAACAGCAGCAAACGGGGAGCAGUAUACGGUUUCAAACUACAGAGUUUAGAUUUGCUACUAGACACCAAGUCGACAGACCGGAAAAUGACUCUGCUGCACUACAUAGCCAACGUGGUGAAGGAGAAAUACCACCAAGUCAAUCUGUUCUACAACGAACUGCAUUAUGUGGAGAAGGCUGCAGCAGUGUCGUUAGAGAACGUUCUGCUGGAUGUGAAGGAGCUCCAGCGGGGAAUGGACCUGACCAAGCGAGAGUACAGCAUGCACGGUCACAACACCAUGCUCAAAGACAUCACACACAAUGAGGGCAAGCUGAAAAAGCUGCAGGACGACGCCAAGAUCGCGCUGGACGCCUUCGAAGAGCCUCAAAUUCUUCGCGAGAAUUCCAAAACGACGCCCCCAUCCGUGUUCUUCCCGGUGUUUGUGCGCUUCGUCAAGGCCUACAGGCGGAGAGGACAACGAGCAAAGAAGAGAGCAGAGCUGAUUGAUGAGGAGAAGCUUCUGGAGCAGGAGGCCAUGCUGGACCAGGAGACCAGAGUGUGUGUGUGGUCUCCCCACCAGUCUCCGUCCCAUAAGAACACCAGGGGCAGGAGUCAGCAGCAGGAGGUGAUAGCUGAGCUGAGGAAGAAGCAGGUGAAGGAUACGGGCAGUCGCCACGUCUACGAGGGAAAGGACGGAGCCAUCGAGGACAUCAUCACCGAUCUUCGAAAUCAGCCUUACAGGCGAGCCGACGCGGUGAGGAGGAGCGUCAGAAGGCGCUUUGACGACCAAAACUUGCGGCCGGUCAACAACACGGAAGUGGUCAUGUGACGAGGGAACAGUGCAUGUGCUAGGAGAAGGCUGAAGGGGGGGGGGGUGGAUGUAGCAGCCUCUCACUCUGGACUGAAAGAGAAAUGGAUGGACUGAAAGAGAAAUAGAUGGACUGAAGGAAAGAAAGAUGGAUGGGUCUGAAAGGUCAGUUAUAGGGAACCUUAGACAAGCCAAGUGCCUGAAACGUACUUUAUGUGAUCAGUUGUUUUAUUUUUUUAUUACUUCAAGCAAUACAACUUGACCUGGCUUUAAUUGUAAUUUCCUUUGAUGUGUAAAACUGGACACGGACGUCCGUAGGGGGAAUUCCUGGAAGAGAUUUUUCCUGAAAGAAGUGUAGAAUGUAUAUGUGACACGGUUCCGUUAUGCCUCGAUCCCACCUCCCAGCGUCAUUGCGUUUUGGGACACCAGAAGCACAUGAAUUUCCAAUGGAGCGCUGCGUUUGCCUCGCCGCGUUGCAGCGGCAGUUGCGGUGCGUACGUCGGAUAAAUCAAACGCACGCAUCAAAUUCUAUGCGUAGACGGCUUGACAGAAAUGGUAGCAGAAAGGUGAACGUUGAACUUCUGUUGCACACAUAUCCAGAUGACGCUGCGUGCCAAUUUGCGCAAUGAUGCUGCAGGUGUGUUCGAGGCGUUAGGCGUCAAAAAGUAUUCCGCCACAGGUGAUGAAUAUGAUAUACAAUAGCAAGUAUCUUAUUACAUUCCUGGUGCUCCUGCCAUUGCUCUUGGAAUUCCAACAAUGUGCUCGAGCGGCACAACAAAAUUGUUGCUAAAGGGCUAAUGGCCUUAUUAAAAGGGGACAAGUCUUAGAUUACUACUAUGAAGCAGUGAUCCAAAACUAAUAUGCUCAAUGAAAGUACUUAAGCAAGUAUCAGGUAGACUUUUGUACACCAACGAGUGACCACGGAGAAAUCGUAUCAGAAAUAAUAUAGCUCAGAGGUGGGGCUCUCUCGAAGUGAGACCAGGCUAAUGUGAAUUGUAUAUAGCUAGGCCUCCAUAUUACAGUAUUAACAUCUCAUUCAUCAGUGCUAACAUGGUUAGUGGACCAAGUCGUGAAUUAUUAGCUCUAUCUAGAUAGAAAUAGAGCACCAGUCAUACUCAAUCAAGAGUUUUUCGGUAUUUUUUAAAACUAUUUUCUACAUUGUAGAAUAAUAGUGGAGAUAUCAAAACUAUUAAAUAACACAUAUGUAAUCA